CAAUAGCAGGGGAGAAAUCAUCAGCGCCACCAAUCGGAACAAACGUCCUCAGAGGAAAAAGAAACCCUAAAUUGCUGUCUAUAUAAACCUCAAAAACCCUACCUUCUGCUAUUCGGUUCGCUUCAGCCGCAGAAAUGUCGAAGCGAGGACGUGGAGGGUCAGCUGGAAACAAGUUCAGGAUGUCACUGGGUUUACCAGUGGCAGCCACAGUGAACUGUGCUGAUAACACUGGUGCUAAGAACCUUUAUAUCAUCUCGGUGAAAGGAAUCAAGGGCCGUCUCAACCGGUUGCCCUCUGCUUGUGUUGGAGAUAUGGUGAUGGCUACCGUCAAGAAAGGGAAGCCUGAUCUCAGGAAGAAGGUUUUGCCUGCUGUCAUUGUGAGACAACGCAAGCCAUGGCGCCGAAAGGAUGGUGUUUACAUGUACUUUGAAGACAAUGCCGGUGUCAUUGUGAAUCCAAAAGGAGAAAUGAAAGGUUCUGCUAUAACUGGUCCAAUUGGGAAGGAGUGUGCUGAUCUUUGGCCAAGGAUUGCAAGUGCAGCCAAUGCUAUUGUUUAGGAAGUCAGAAUCUGUGCUUUGGACUAUAAUAUUAUAGUUUGCUGCUUCAAUAUUUUGUUGUAUUUCUUUUUGGAUUUGAAGAAAUGUACUUUAUGGACAGGUUUUCCGAUAUAAGAGAAGAAAAUUUUUGUUGGCAAA